GCGAGAAAACACGGGCGGACGUCUCUUGCGACCUACUCGAAAGAGCAAAGUCUUCGCUAGGAGCAAGAAGCUGGGGUGCUCUGGAUUCAGUCAGGAAGGCCUACAUCGGACAGCAAACCGAAUGCCGCGCGCAUUGCGGCGGCUUGGGACUUGGCGACUGUAAACGGUGGGGGGUUAGCGCUCCUCUCAACAAAUUCGGUCAUGGAAGCGGAGAACAGUGUGGGCGAGCUGACUCGCAGGCUGGAGGCACUGGAAGAGAAGGUGCGGUCGAAGGAUGACGAGCUCCUGGUGCUGCGUUCGGCCAUCGCCAACCUGACACGGCGCUUGAACACCUGUGAAGAACAGCUGCAGUCUAACACCAAGUCACCAAAACCAGCUGGCCGUGCUGGGGUGGAGGCAAGGCCACACACAUCCACGGGCACAUCCUCAACUACCGGCGCUAGUAGAUCCGAGCAGCGGCCCGCAUCGUCAGCUGCGCGCGUUUCCCGUCCACCGACCGGUCAGGGUCCACAAGCGCCCAGCCCUGGGCCAAAUCGACGCCAACUUCCCACGCCGGGACAGCCGCGUCAGCUUCCCACCAGUCCCAGACAGACGGCAACGUCGCUGGCACGCGUCAGCAACAGCCCGUCUAUGUCACGUCGCCACACUUCGCCAGCGCUGCAUGGUAAGCCGUCCACCUCCACCUCGGCGUCAUCCUCGACGUCUGCAUCGUCGUCGACGGGGUCGCACAGGGACACAGGCAGUAGUAGUGGCAGUGCACAUCCGCCUGGUGCUAUCCACACGACCGACACCAUGCCAUCGCCCAGACUGAUCCGACAUGGUCCAGCAGGUCAUUCUGGUCGGCGGAAGGCUGGCAGCAGUUCUCAACUCGUACCGUCAUCAUCCGCAUCAUCCACCACUACCAUGACUACCGGACCGCCAAAGGUGGACAGCAGCGAUUCCACCGUUCGCAUGUAUCUGCGCGGCCGGCCGCUGGUGUUCCACGCUCCGUCUGACUACCCGCUAGCUGCCAUCGAGCAUCCGCAGAAAGCGCCGGCGGAGCAGCUGGAACUUGAAUGGGUUUACGGGUACCGAGGUCGAGACUGUCGCAGCAACCUGCACGUGCUCUCUUCCGGCGAGAUCCUCUACUUCAUGGCAGCCGUCGGUGUGGUGCUGAAUCGGCUGACGCGUACACAGCGUCACUAUCGACAGCACACCGAUGACAUUAAAGUAAUGGCGAUGCAUCCGAACGGCAUUAUUGUGGCUACUGGCCAGGGCACGACUCAUGAUCGUGCUCAAGGAAAGGCUCACGUUCGAGUCUGGAACUCGGAGACGCUGCAAACGCUGGCCGUGGUCGGUGAAGGCAGCUUUGAGCGUGGACUUUGCUGUAUUGGAUUCUCACAACGGAAAUCCGGCAGCCUGCUAUUUGCAGUGGACGAAAGCAACGAUCACCUACUCUCGAUAUGGGAUUGGAAUCGUGGCAAGAAGCUGACCGAAGCCAGGGCGCAUGGCGAUGCGAUCCUGUGCGGAUCCUUUUCGCCGGCGGACGACCGUACUAUUGUGCUCACCGGCAAACAGCAUGUGACGUUUUGGACGCUGGACGGUGGCAAGUUGACAAAGCGAUCCGGCUUGUUUGAGAAACACGCCAAGCCUAGGUUUGUGACCUGUAUGACAUUCACCAGCAACCAUGACUUGGUCACAGGUGACAGCAGUGGAUCGAUUCUAGUCUGGAGUUCGGGGAGUAUGAAGAUCAGCCAGGUGGUCAAGAAUGCCCAUGAGGGCAGUAUCCUCAGCCUGCUGAUACUGGAAGACGGCACAUUGCUCUCCGGCGGUGGUAAGGAUCGGCGUAUCGUUGCCUGGGAUACCGCUUACAGGCCCACCGGCGAUGAGUAUGAGCUACCGGAGACGUCCGGUGCCAUCCGCACCCUGGCAGAGGUCACCGGCAACGAGGAAGACGGCACUCUGGGCGGAGAGGAUGGGUCUGUGAUCAUGGCCGGUACCACACACAACUCCAUCAUGGAGGGUGCCUUGGCCACGGGAUUCAAGGAGCUAAUAAAGGGUCACAGCGACGAGCUAUGGGGACUGGUCGUUCACCCGAUGCAGGACCGGUUUGUCACGGCCGGUUCCGACAAGAUGGUCUGCUGCUGGGACGCCACCAACCACGACGUCGUGUGGUCGGCACCUGUGGCUGAUGAAGCCAUGUCAGUUGCCAUACAUCCAACUGGGGAUAUUGUUGUGGUGGGACUGAAGACUGGAAGGUGGAUAGUGUUUGAUGCAUCCAGCGGUACCUACGUAGUCAGCUGCACGGAUAGCACGGAGCCAGUCCUGUGUACACGCUUUUCACCGGAUGGCCGUAUGCUGGCUGCCGGUUGUCAUGACUCCCAUAUCUACGUGUACACUAUUGCCGAUGACAUGAAGACGAUUGGACGGGUCGGGAAAUGUGCGGGUCACAGCUCGUCAGUUAAGCAUCUAGACUGGUCAACUGACAGCCAAUACUUGCAGACAACAUCCGCUGAUUAUGAACUGUUGUUCUGGAAAGCAGUGACAUGCAAGCAGGUGACAUCACCGGCAGCAAUGCGUGAUGUCAUAUGGGCCACGGUUACCUGUCCUAUCGGCUUCCCUGUUAUCGGUAUUUGGCCGGAGGGAGCGGACGGAACUGAUAUCAACACCGUCCAUCGCAACUCCACGUCGUCAAUGCUGGCCACCGGCGACGACUAUCGGAAAGUGAAGAUUUUCAAAUAUCCUCUGCCACAGGCCAGGUCUCAAUGUCGUGAAGCAGUGGGACACGGAUCUCACGUGACGUCCGUAUCAUUCACACACGACGACACUCUGCUGAUCAGCGUGGGAGGUAAAGAUGCCACGGUGCUGCAAUGGCAGGUACUGCAGCCAGACACUGUCAUAUGAAUAGCAGGCCGUGCGUAUACUGCAGCCGAACACUGUGAUAUGAACAGCAGGCUGUGUGUGUACUGCAGAGCAAUGGAUACCCAGUGAGUACUGUACCGUGUUUGGUCAAUGACACUACGGACAUACAAGGCGCAACGUAUCACAACGUGUACAUACACACAUUGAAUCAAUGUAGACACAAUGUGUACCGUGAUUGUUCCAUUACGGUACGCACACA